GAUCAAUGACGUUAAAACCCCGGCGUCUCCUUUAGGGGGCGUGUCCCGUCUGCCGUCUCAAAUGUAACCCGGAAACGAACGGCGGGCGUUGAUUGGCUGAAAGACCCGGCAGUUUGCAGCCCCGCCUCCUGUCAGUGACACAGCUCUAGGAAACAUAGUGAGAACAACAACAACAACAACAAACACCAGAGAGGAGGAGGAGGAAGAAGAGCGAGCAACAUGGCGGCGGGGCGGAGAACCCGACGCUCACCACGCGGCCGCCUGUAGCUCCGUGCCGGUGUAGGGGCGUCUGUCAGCGGGGAGACCGCAGGAGGCUGCCCGGGCCGCGCGCAGUCAUGGCGGAUUCACCCCGAGUCCCGCGGCACGGCGGCCGGGACGCGGCGCCCGCGCUGCCCCGGGCCCGGUCGACGGAGGCCUGGAAGAGACACAUCGUGGGCCAGCUGAAGCACCGGGACCGGAGCCAGCACGACCGGUACCAGGACCUGAUCCCGCUUCUGUACGACAAUCGGUUGCUGGAGAAAACCCGGCUGACCAAAGGAAUCCUGAGCGGCUCCCCCAGACGUCCUGCAGACGUCUCCUCUGACGGCCGCUCCGUCCCGUCUCUGCGUCAGCAGAACGAGCAGCUGAGGAAGACUUCAGGAGAGCUGGCCUAUCAGGUGCUGGAGCUGCAGCAGCAGACCAGGACCAGAGAACUUCUUCUGGAGGAGCAGCAGUACAGACUGAAGGAGGAGGAGCUCCGGCUGGCAAGUGCGUUUGAUUCCCGCAGGGUGCUGCAGCAGCGGGUGGAGCAGGUUCAGCUGGAGAACGCUGCGUUGAAGACGAAGUACGAUGAGUUGCUGGAGCUUCGGAGACGAGAGGAGGCGGAGCUCCGGGAGGAGAAGCUCCGUGGGGAUCGUCUUCUGGAGACCAUGAUCCAGGAGAGACAGCAGGCCGCCGCCCACAUGAACAGCCGCAACCAACGCAGGUCUAGAGCUCGGGAGGCUCACCUGCAGAAGGAGCUGCAGUCUGCUAUGAGGUCAAAGGUCACCGUGGAAAGUUGUUUCAGCGCUCCGAGCUCCAGAUCGACGUCUCCUAAGUGUGACCUCCAGCUGGAGUCCAGAGAGCGAGGUCACAGCAGACUGUUCAGGUCCUUGUCUGCGUCCUCUCCCAGGAUCCUGUCCUCCUUUAGAGACCUCUUCCACAGGAGAAGGCGGGGCCACUCUGUAUGCAGCAUGGAGGAGGACCUGGUGUUUCCUGUGAGGGUCAAUCUGUACGCUCGAGUCCCUGUGAGGGCGCUGCAAGUCCUGGAGGCCCAUGAGCAGGGCAUUAACGCCGUGAGGUUCAGCUCCAGCUCUCACCUGCUGGCGACGGGGGGGACGGACCGAGAGGUCAAAGUGUGGGAGGUCCGAUCAGGCUCGCUGACUCACAGGACCACCCUGGACGGCAGCACCGGGGGGAUCACCUGCAUCGAGUUUGACCCCAUGGGCUUCAGGAUCCUCGCGGCCUCCUACGAUAAGUCGGCCUUGUUGUGGCGUCUGGACGACUCUGUUGCCAAGCUGACCCUGACGGGUCACAGGAGGAAGGUGACAGCCGCGAGGUUCAGUGGUUGUCUUCAUCAGGUGGUGACGGGCAGCGAAGACAGAAGCAUCAGGUUGUGGGACCUGCAGAGAGCCGCCUGUGUGGAGGUGCUCGAGGUGUCGUCUUCCUGCAGCGAUCUGGUUUGUUCUGAGAACUCGGUGAUCAGCGGACACUUUGACUCCAGGAUCAGAGUGUGGGACACCAGGCUGCUGCGAUGCGUCCAGGAGCUUCCUGCUCAGGGGAAAGUCACCUCGCUGGACAUCAGCUCUGACCAUCGUCAUCUGCUCAGCUGUUGCCGUGACGACUGCCUCCAGCUGGUCGACUUGAGGGGGCGAAGCAACGAGCGUGUGUGCUUCAGAGCCGAGGGAUUUAAAUGUGGCAGCGACAGCAGCAAAGCUGUGAUCAGUCCGGAUGGCUGCUUCCUCGCGGCCGGAUCGGCAGACGGUGCUGUUUACAUCUGGAACGUAUCAACUGGCAACCUGGAGACCCGCCUCCCCGACAGACACAGUUCUUCUAUCAGCGCCGUGGCCUGGUCGCUGUCUGGCGAAUACGUCGUGAGCGUGGAUAAAAGUAGGCGGGCCGUCCUCUGGAGUGACAUCUGAGCAGACCAGUCCAGAGGUCCCGUCGUGACGACAUAAACGGAUCAUAGAGCUGCCAAAAGGAACGAUUGUGUUUUUAAGCUAUUUGCUAAUUGGAUAAAAUGGAUGUGAUUUAUGCUUUUUUACUGUUAAAGGGGGACAACGAACAAAGGGACGUGCAUUUAACUGUUGUGAGUAAUUUUACAUCUGAUGGUUACUUUAAAAAAAGCUGCCAUAAAAGUGUGUUUUUCCAAUUCCACAGAAUGUUUAUGUUUUGGGUUUUUUCAAACUUCAGCCCUGAUCAAAACUGACAAAUAUUUAUUACUUUUAAUAUGUGUUUUAAUGCCAUCCAUUUGUUUACUUGUCAAAUGACAAAAAAUGAAUAAAUAUACACUUGUUUUUCUAAAUGCA